AUGCCUAGUAUCUACAAGUAUCAACUGCCUGGACUAGACGACGAUGCGCAAGGAGACACAAUGGGAACAUUGGAGUACUCCUUGGAAUACAACAUGAAAACGAAGACAAUGAAAGUCGGCAUUAUACAAGCGAUGGAUCUCAUAACUCCACCUGGUUCUGGAACGGUUGAUCCUUUCGUAAAGGUCAACAUUAAGGGAUUGCUUUCUUUGGAGAAUCCAAAAUCGAAAGUCAGGGUGCCGAAAAAAGGUUAUACAACAGACAUAAAACGAAACACCACCUGCCCCGUUUUCAAUUCUUCCUUCCUCUUCAAUGUGCCCUAUGAAGACCUCAAAACCGCCGUUGUGCACUUUGUAGUCUAUGACUCCGAUGAACCCAAUCAGCCUUUGGUAGUCGGAGAAUUUGAUGUUCAGCUCAGCUCCCUGUCUAUGGACAAUUACGUUGGGAAGCCCUACGAGAUGACCGGAUACCUUAUGAAGACGGUGGAGACCCACGAUGACACCGGUCAGAUUUGUGUUAUUCUCACAGACGAUCCAAGUGCGAACGAACUGAGUGUCAACAUUCUGGAUGCAAAACAGUUGGAUCUUCCAGACUUCUACAGAAAGAAUCCACCGAAAACGAUGGUCUCAGCGACUCUUCACGUCGGUAAUAAGAAAUUGGCCAAUAAGAAGACUGAAGUCCGUGAAGGAACUCUGGAUCCCUACUUCGGGGAGACAUUGAAGUUUCAGGUGGAGAGGCAGAAGUUGGUAGUGGCCUCGCUUACACUGAAGAUCAAGUACAAGGGUCAGGGUGUGCGGUGGAAGAAUGCCGGCAAGGUUGAGCUCGGCGCUCUAUCACCGGACUUCUCCGGUCGAAAACAAUGGAAAGUAAUGCUUACCAAUCCAAGGCGUCCUGUAGGCAUGUGGCAACCAUUAACCACUCCCGAAGUGUAG